AAUUUAAUGUAACCCUAUUCGAUGAUCAACAUUACCGUUUGAAAAAGUUAUAGUAAUUUUUUUGUUUGAUGCAAUAUCAUCAUCAAUAUUAGAAGCUAAGAUUUGUAAUUGGACCAAACCCAAACCGAUAUUUGGAUAUUUAUUUUUUGGAAGUUAUUUUUAUCGACUAAAAGGAAAUAAAAAAAAUGGCUGAAGGUGAUUCCAUUACAAUGGAACAGCCAACAUCAGAUGCAUCAACAGCCGAUAUAAGUCAUCAUCAGGAUAUGAAUGGCCAUCAUCAGGAUCGUUCACCAUCACGUAGUACAGGUGGCGUCAGUGGUGGUGGCGGUGGUAAAAAAUCUAAAACUGGAACAGGAACAUCAACAACAUUGAGUAAUAAUAAUAAACGUGGCAGCCGUUCAAGUUUGGCCAACAUACAGGUGAUUCUACUUGAUGAUGAAGAAUUUACCUGUGAAGUCGAUAAAAAUGCACGAGGAGAUGACGUAUUCAAUAAAGUUUGUGAUUAUCUAAAUUUACUUGAAAAAGAUUAUUUUGGCCUUUCAUUUCGUGAGAAUGAUGAUUCAAGAAACUGGCUCAAUUUAGAAAAAAGAAUCGGAAAACAAUUACGAAAUACUUCAUGGCUUCUUCGUUUCGAAGUAAAAUUUUAUCCACCUGAUCCAACACAAUUACAUGAAGAUAUAACUAGAUAUUUGGUUUGUCUUCAGAUACGUAAAGAUAUUCUUUCCGGACGAAUUCCAUGUUCAUUUGUUACACAUGCCAUCCUUGGUUCGUAUCUUGCUCAAUCAGAAUUGGGCGAUUUCGAUACCAGUGAACAUGAUGAACAAGGUCGUUAUUUAAGCGUAUUACAUUUCGCUCCAAAUCAGACUCCCGAAUUAUUGGAAAAAGUUUGUGAAUUACAUAAACAACAUCGAGGAAUGGCAUCGGAUGAAGCUGAUAUACAAUAUUUGGAGAAUGCAAAAAAAUUAGCCAUGUAUGGUAUUGAUCUACAUCCGGCCAAAGAACAAUCUGGCCUGGACAUCAUGAUAGGUGUUUCUUCCUCUGGCCUGCAUGUUUUUCGCGAUCGUUUACGCAUCAAUCGAUUUGCUUGGCCUAAAAUACUCAAAAUAUCUUAUAAACGAAACAAUUUUUAUAUCAAAAUUCGUCCUGGAGAAUUCGAACAAUAUGAAAGCACUUUAGGUUUUAAAUUGGCCAAUCAUCGUUCAGCGAAACGGCUUUGGAAAACAUGUGUAGAACAUCAUACAUUUUUCCGUUUAAUGCAACCAGAACCACCACCACGUACCAAAUUAUUUUUUCCUCGUUUUGGUUCAAAAUUUCGUUAUUCGGGCAAAACACAUUAUCAGACCAAAAUGGCCAGUGAUCUUAUUGAUCGUCCCGCUGUUAAUUUUCGCCGAUCACUUAGUUCACGUCAUCUAACAAACACAACCCGAUCUAUUGAUGGUGUUUAUGGCAAUAGUUACAUAGAACGCUAUCGUUCAUCACCUGCCUUGCGAUCACCGUUCGAUGAUCGAUCAAACAAUGAAGCCGAAUAUAAUGGCCGAAAACGUAACUCAUCCACAACCUAUAAAUCUAGGAAACUAGAUUCUUCUGUAGCUACUGCAAAACCAUCUUAUCCUUUCCAAGGAACACCACGAUCAGUAUAUGAAAGUUCAACAUUGGAUCGAUCACCUAAAAAAAUUCGCCAAGGUCAACAACAACAACCACAUUCAACUAAUUCAAUGGAAACAAUACCAGCAUCAAUAAAUAAUCGUUAUUCAGCUGCAUUUACCGCAUCCGGUGUAACCAGUCCAACAUCACCUACAUCCGCAGCAGAUGAAUUAGCAUAUGAUCAACAAACGCGUAAAGGACAACAUCAGCGAAAACCGGUCGGUGGUAUUGCCGUUUUGCCACCAAUGGAGAUGAAACGUAUUGAAGAUCAACGGCGCACACCAACAUCACCAAAUGAAUCAAAAUUAAAAUCACCAACAUCACCAUCCGAUCGUCAAGAGCCCUACUCUUCACGUUCAUUGAAACAUCGUCAAGAAUUACGUGAAGAUUUUUUUACAAAUGAACCACGUAAAUUGACAUCUUCAUCCAUUGGUAAUGGUAAUCAAGAUCAACGUCAUCAUCAUCAGGAUGAAAAUGCAACAUCACCCACUAGCUUUAGUUUCCGUAAAUCACAUAAAUCUCCAUAUGUUCGAGAAUACACAUAUAAUGAUGAUUCGCCCCAAGAUGGACAACAAUCAUCCCGCCGUAUGAUCGACCCGCGCGAACAUGGUUUUAGCUAUAUGGAUGCAACUAAUGACCAACGAACUACCGCCACUUCUCCAACAGCGAUUCGAUCACCGAACGCUGCUCGAAGUCCGACCACACCUACUGUCAGUGGCCAACAAUCACGCCCUCUCACCGGUUUAGCUUUCACCUACAGUCCCGAAACAACUGGUUUACCCGAACAAUCACCAUAUAGUAGAUCAUCGGCAACACCUAAAGCCAAAACUAUGCAUACAACAUCACCAAUAUCACCAUCAUCAGCAGCUAUAACAAAACCCUCAAUGACCAAAAUGAACAAAUCCGCCCCACAUCAAUCACCUAUUCAUCCAAAAUCAUCAUCUAUGGAUCGUAAGCAGCAACAAUCAAAAACUAAAUCGACAAUUUCAACUCCUGAUACUUUUGGUAGUGGUCGUUUUUCUCGACAAUCAAAAGAUUCUAAAUUAGAAGAAUUAUCCAGUGAAUCUUCCAUUUCUUCAUCAUCAUCUAGUUUAGAUCAAUAUGAAAAAGAAAGUUAUGUAGAACCAACCACUACUACCGGUGCAUCUGCCAAAUUACCACCAUCUGGAAUUAAAACCAAGCCUGCAUUAUCACCAAAGCCUCAAAAUGUUGAUCGAUCAACAGGGCAGCGUUCAUUAAAAUCACCACCACCACCUCCUACUAAACCGAAACCAACAUCAAUUUUUGAUUCAUUAUCCAAUAAUCGGCUUUCAUCAUCAUCUUCAUCUCAGCAGCCCUAUUCACAACAAGAACAAGGUUACAAUGGACCAAAAAUAACUCAUGCAAGUCGUAAACGUGUUGUAACAAAUUCAGAUGGUUCUACUUAUGAGACCGAAGAAGUUCUUGAUCCUUCUUCUCUGACAUCGAUGACAACAACUAAACCAAAAGUUGUGGGUGUUGUACCAUCGACCACAUCAUCAACAACAACUGCAACCUAUUCACGACCAGAACCGGCUCGAUUUCGUUUGAGUGGAACGACGACUCCAACAUCUCCACCAACUUAUCAAAAUCAUAGUCAAGAUUAUAAUGCAUAUUCAACAACCCAACAAACUGGACCAAAAGGUUCGACCACAACGAAAAUUGUUGAAGCAUCCGAAGAAGAUACAAAAGGUUAUCAUACGCAAAGUUCUGAUGGCCUUGCCAAAUCUAUCUAUGAGGAACGAACUAAAUUAAAACAUAAACAAGAGAAUAUAACUACAGCUACUUUAAUCGGUGAUAGCGGUGAUGAUGCAACUUCGGGCGUUAAACCGAAAUUCGGUGCUUUAAAUCAGCCAAAAUCGGUACCAGUAAUUGCCACUGAAACGCGUAAAGUUGCUUAUACUGAAACGAAGCCUAAAUCAAAACCGUAUACACCGCCACCACCACCACAAUUUGCCAAUGAUAAUAAUACUGAUAAUGGUAUCACAGCUGAAGAGCUUCAUUCAAUACCCGGUCUUGAGAAUGUUGAUCCAGCCGAUAUAAUUUCAUCACAAACAAUUUCAUCAAAAACACGUACAGUAGAAACCAUAACGUACAAAAUGGAAAAAGAUGGUGUCGUCGAAACACGUGUGGAACAAAAAAUUACUAUACAAUCGGAUGGUGAUCCAAUCGAUCAUGACCGUGCAUUAGCUGACGCUAUACAAGAAGCAACAAUGAUGAAUCCUGAUAUGACUGUCGAAAAAAUUGAAAUACAACAACAAUCUACCAUUCAAUAAGAUUUUUGAAAAUACCACAAUUUUUAAAUAAUUCAAUUUCAACUAACCAUUACACAAAACCACUUACACAUAAUUGGAAAAUGGGCAAUCUACAUGAA